UGCUCCAGUGACUUGUCCAAACUCCGAAGUCUCCAAGGAGAGACAGAAACCUCACCCCAUUUGCCGAGAACUUUUGGCACACGUCAGGUCAUUAUUCUACUACAUAUAGUGCACAGGAACGUCUUCUUGUUCAGAUAGCAAGAUCAGCAAUAUCAGGCUGCACUGGCGUCUGGAGGACCAUCAUGGGAAACUCUUCAUCUCGAGGCCGAUCUAAACUGGGACAGGGCCAUGGAUCCAAGGUAGCACCUUCUUCUCCAGCUGGAGAUCAAAGCCAGCCGAUGACCUUUAAGUGGAACAUCGAUGGAUUCUCCUCACUCCUUGACAAGGGUGCAGGCUGGACCUACUCAAGAGUGUUUGAGGUCAUGGGCCAUAACUGGUACCUGAAGCUGAACCCAAGGGACAAGGACAACAAGGAGUACGUCUCUCUUAGGCUUGAGCUGGACAACAGCUCAGUGAAAUCUGACACUAUUGUAGAUGCAUCUUUCAAGUUGCUGAUAUAUGACCAGUCCUUCGGAAAGCACAGAGAGCAUGAAGUUAGCCACAGUUUUCAGACUGCAAGCACAAGCUCCGGAAUCUCAUGCAUGAUUUCCCUUAACAAACUGAAGAAACGGUCUUCUAAAUUCCUUCUCAACAAUUGCUGCGUCUUUGGUGUCGAGUUUGUCAAAGUUACCACUUUGAAAGUAAACACGACGUCAGAGACGCUGUUUGUCCAAAAGAUGAGCAUCUUCAACGAGGCCAAAACUUACACUUGGGACAUUGAUGACUUCUUUGCACUGAAGAACCCGGGCUACUCUCCAGAGUUUGAAGUCGGCGGAUACAAAUGGCAUAUCACUAUGUAUCCAUCUCGCGACGGGAACCACCUCUCCUUGUACCUGAAACUUAAAAGGACCAAUGAUCUCCCCGAGGACACUGCAAACCUUGUAGAAUUUACCUUGUCCAUCAAAGACCAAGAAACUGGCGAACACCGUAAUAAAGGAACAGGCCGGUGCCCGUUUGCGAAGAACGCUCGUACCUGGGGAUGGAGUAAGUUCAUUUCGCUGGAGGAUUUCAAGGACUCGGCAAAUGGUUAUCUUGUCAAAACCAAGUGUUGCAUUGUAGCUGAGGUCGCAAUAGUCGGUUCCUCCAAGAUGGAGUAGAGUACAGUGUAUGUGUGGGCUGAUGAAGUGCUGAACCACAAUAAUGGUGAAGAGGUGGCUACAUGUAUCUGUUGGCGUGUUUGUUUGAUUGUUCACGCUGAUGAAACUGAAAGGGUGUAGAAUGGCAAAUAAAGGUUCGGCCAUGAACAUGCUGCACAGAUUGCUUGUCAUGUAGUAUAUAUUUUGAACGAACAGUUUGCUUGCACUUUCUUCUAUUUUCAUCCGAUUGUAAUAUCAAAAUUGUCAAUAUUUCACACAAAGAAGCCAAAUCACAAAAUUGUUCCCGUUU